CUUAGUAGCCAAGACGUAAGGAGUGUUUAUCUCGUGACAUACAGUCAAGCCGAUAUGGACAAAUUUGCCAGACGGGAAGAUUUUGCAAGUGCAGUAGUAGAAUCGUUUUCUCAAGGACGUGCCAAAGUAAAGCACUGGUCAUGUUGUUUGGAAGAACACAAGAAUGGAGGAUUACACUUUCAUCUAGCUAUAAAACUAGACCGAAAUCAACGUUGGAUAUCAUCGAAAACAUAUCUACUUGAUGUGUACGGAAUAAGCGUUCACUAUUCAAAUCGGCUUUAUAAUUAUUAUAGUGCGUGGAAGUAUGUUACGAAGUCCGACCCAUGCUACAUCGACAGUGAAGGACAUCCCCGUCUAGAUGACACGGAGCCACAGACAAGCUCUGCAAGCCGUUCGAGACGUCAACGUCGGAAAAGAAGUCGUGGAAAUACUACUAACUCGGAAAUAACAAGCGCGGAUGACGACGAGGAAGAUAGCGACGGGAAGUCCACUGCUAACUGGAGGAAAAAAAGGAGGAGACUUACCGCGUAUGAGGUGGGAGAAAUAAUUGUUCAAAGAAAUGUCACAACUCUUACAGAACUUCAAGCCUUAGCAUUUGAAAAAAAAAAACGAAGGCAAGACGGAUUUGGCGGAAUUUUUAGUUAACCGCAACCCAAAGGUUGUCACCGAUGUAUUACAAACUGCUUGGGAGAUCGAGAAUACGCCCAAGAAGUUGGCACGGUCGCGCAAAAGUCGCAUGGACCUUCUAGAGGAUGCUAAAACUGGCUCCUGUAUAACAGGUUGUCAUGGUGAGUGGUUAACGUGUGCACAACAAAUUUUACACAACAACGGCAUUUCUCUGGAAUUUUUCCGCACUGCUGUGAAGGAUUUACUGGUCAACGGGCGUGGAAAGUACAAGAAUAUUAUGUUAACAGGUCCAGCAAAUUGUGGGAAAACAUUUUUAUUGAACCCACUGACAACUAUCUACGACACAUUCAGCAACCCUGCAACAGGAACCUUUGCUUGGGUUGGGGUUGACAAAGCAGAAUGCAUUUUCUUCAACGACUUCCGCUGGUCUCCUCAAUUGAUCCCAUGGGAUGAUUUCUUGCUUCUACUAGAGGGUCAAACUGUACAUCUACCCGCCCCGAAGACCCAUUUCUCUAAGGACAUUACUGUGAAGUCCGAUACACCGAUUUUUUGUACUACUAAGUAUCCAAUUCUCUUUCUCUGGGAUAGCGGAAAAUCUGUUCCCUGUCUUAGACAAAACCCAGUGGCCUUGCCUCUGGAACUCCCGUGCAAUGCUCAGUGGAAGAGACUUCAUAUCACGUAUAUGGAUAGGUGUCCAACGUGCAUAGUUUACAUGAUCAAGAGCAAAGAAUAAAGGUACUAGAUCUCCCAGGGCCGCGACAUACAAAUUGAAGUUAUGCUGACGCUGUGCACGUACAACUAGUGACACAAGUGUCUCGUACUCUAUGAUGGAGUCCCAGAAAAGAAACCUCGGGCUUCUCCUCUUCCUCACUUCCUCCCAUGUAGACAUUGAUGUCUCAUCUAAGCACUGGGAAAAUGCCUCUCUCUCUAGUUUGUUCAGAGCCAGAGUGGUAACUUGAUGGGCAUGCCUGAAAAGAAAUCAUAUUGCCGUUCCCAAAUAGCUGUAAUUGUGACUAAAACAAAGGGGUUUUUCUCAGCAACUCUCUAAUUUUAGGUACAAUUAAAAACAAGUUUCGUUUGGUACAAAACACCAGACUCCACUAAACUUUGCACUCGCAGAAAAAUUAAAUAAUAGCUUAAUGAUUAAGCUUUACUGAUAUCACUCAUUCUUAUGACCACCCGGUGAGUGUUCACAGUCACUAUUAUUGUUCUCACUUCGCCCUACCUUGUUCUUGUUAAAUGCGUUGCUUUAAGGAAGGAAUCCGCCACACCAGAUAAGGCGACUUCAGCUUCACUAAGAACGGCAGUCCAGCCUGAUUUAUCCAGCAAAUCACCAAGCGUACUCCAUAGUGCCAUUUCGACGUGCAGACCACCUAGCAUGACGACAUACGCUUGCUCUCCAUGGGAGACGGGCCACUUCCAGUGAACCAACUUCGCCAAAGCAAAAAGGGGCUGGUCAACGGUGAUGGCAAGAACCUGAUUUGGGUUGAGAAAGGUUAUAGGGUCAAGGCAGGUGGGUGCUCUUCAGUCUGGGUUGAGGCGUGAUAUGCAGCCCAAGUCACUGUAUCACUAGAAGAAAUGGAUACUUCCUCCAAUUUUCGUAGAGAAUGCUCCACCCAAGUUACUUCCGUUUGUUUCUCUGCAGUCAUACAACUUACUGAUUCCGUCAUUACACACACUGGGACCACUGCUUUACUAGGAUCUACAAUUCCGGACAAAACUACUUGAGAAUUUUUACCCCUCCAUGCACACUAUCCAACGCAACGACACUAUUUCAAAAACAACUGAUUUGCGGUACCAAGUUCCCCUUCUCCCAGGUCAAUGUUGUUUCCUACAAAUGUUUAAGGAUCAGGGUUGCUUUAGAACACACAACAACAUUGCUUCCAAGGGGAGGGGGGAAGGGAGGACGCGGUAUAGCGAGAAUGUUAGGAAAAAUGGUCUGAGAAUGUGACAUUUUCUCAACAGUUUUGUCCAAGAUUGUGUGUACGGUGUUUUGCGUUUUGCGUUUUGCGUUUUCCAGCACGAAAAUUAUGAAUGACCAAACGAAAUGGUAUUAAUAAAAAACACUUUACAGAGGCUGUUUUGGACACGAAGUUUUACACCACAUGAUCUUCUCAUAGAAAAGUACGAGCUCUUUUUCGGUUUUUUAGAGUACCCUGCGAAAACAGAAAGAUUUUGCAAUAGUGGCUAUAACGCGUGCGCAUUGUUACCUUUUGUCCUGUUGUUCAAAGAUGGAAGGUUUAGAAAAUUCGCAAAGUAUUUUAUCGUUGUCAGAAGAGUUCGAAGAAGACCGGGAUGGCUCUUCUCUUAGUAGCCAAGACGUAAGGAGUGUUUAUCUCAUGACAUACAGUCAAGCCGAUAUGGACAAAUUUGCCAGACGGGAAGAUUUUGCAAGUGCAGUAGUAGAAUCGUUUUCUCAAGGACGUGCCAAAGUAAAGCACUGGUCAUGUUGUUUGGAAGAACACAAGAAUGGAGGAUUACACUUUCAUCUAGCUAUAAAACUAGACCGAAAUCAACGUUGGAUAUCAUCGAAAACAUAUCUACUUGAUGUGUACGGAAUAAGCGUUCACUAUUCAAAUCGGCAUUAUAAUUAUUAUAGUGCGUGGAAGUAUGUUACGAAGUCCGACGCAUGCUACAUCGAGAGUGAAGGACAUCCCCGUCUAGAUGACACGGAGCCACAGACAAGCUCUGCAAGCCGUUCGAGACGUCAACGUCGGAAAAGAAGUCGUGGAAAUACUACUAACUCGGAAAUAUCAAGCGCGGACGACGAGGAGGAAGAUAGCGACGGGAAGUCCACCGCUAAGGGGAGGAAAAAAAGGAGGAGACUUACCGCCUAUGAGGUGGGAGAAAUAAUUGUUCAAAGAAAUGUCACAACUCUUACAGAACUUCAAGCCUUAGCAUUUGAACAAAAAAAAGAAGGGAAGACGGAUUUGGCGGAAUUUUUAGUUAACCGCAACCCAAAGGUUGUCGCCGAUGUAUUACAAACUGCUUGGGAGAUCGAGAAUGCGCCCAAGAAGUUGGCACGGUCGCGCAAAAGUCGCAUGGACCUUCUAGAGGAUGCUAAAACUGGCUCCUGUGUAACAGGUUGUAAUGGUGAGUGGUUAACGUGUGCGCAACAAAUUUUACACAACAACGGCAUUUCUCUGGAAUUUUUCCGCACUGCUGUGAAGGAUUUACUGGUCAACGGGCGUGGAAAGUACAAAAAUAUUAUGUUAACAGGUCCAGCAAAUUGCGGGAAAACAUUUUUAUUGAACCCACUGACAACUAUCUACGACACAUUCAGCAACCCUGCAACAGGAACCUUUGCUUGGGUUGGGGUUGACAAAGCAGAAUGCAUUUUCCUCAACGACUUGCGCUGGUCUCCUCAAUUGAUCCCAUGGCAUGAUUUCUUGCUUCUACUAGAGGGUCAAACUGUACAUCUACCCGCCCCGAAGACCCAUUUCUCUAAGGACAUUACUGUGAAGUCCGAUACACCGAUUUUUUGUACUACUAAGUAUCCAAUUCUCUUUCUCAAAAAUGGCGUGCUAGAUCACCGAGAGACUGAGAUGAUGAAAGUACGGUGGAACUUGUUUGAGUUGAGUUACGUAAUCCCUCGGGAAUCGCAGCGCGUGAUCUCAUCUUGUGGGAAAUGUUUCUCCGAUCUGAUACUAGGUUAA